AAAGCUUAUUUUCAAAAAUUAAAGAGUGUCUGUUUAGAUAGAGAGUGGGAAGAGAUGUGUCAUGUUAUCAGCGAAGCAAUUGGGCAUCACAUUUGAUAGUCAUUAUUUUUGGCAAUGGAUCUCAAUUCCUGAAUCUAGGUUUGAUCAAGUACCAGAGCUUCUUGUUGAAGUUCCAUUCAAGAUAAGCGGUGUGAUGAAUACUCAAAUCCUAUCUCCCAAAACUUGUUACUCGGCUUAUAUUGUGUACAAGACAAGAGAUAGAUUUCACGGUUUGAAGCCCAUUGGAGUUGGAUUUAUUGGACAAGGAACUCGUGUAACCAAAAGGUGGGAAAGAAAGAAUCUAAUCAAACUGGAAGAGAGGGAAGAUGGGUGGAUGGAGACAGAGCUUGGGGAAUUCUUCACUGAUUUUGAUUGUGAGGAAACUGUGUUGAGUAUUAUUGAGAUUGAUUAUGCCUAUUGGAAACGUGGUUUGAUCAUUCAAGGAAUUGAUAUCCGCCCUACAAAAUAUAGGAAGAGAGGCUGUAUGAUUCUCAUUAGAUAG